AUCGGAAGUAAGUUAUCAGUUAGAUAAUGCACUCGUUCACAUUUUCGAAAAAUGUCAAUUUUUCAAAAACAUUUGUCACACAUUAUAUAAAAGGAUACAUGCAUUAUAUUCAAACAGAUGAGCAAGAGAAAGCUUAGUCUGGAGCCUGGAAAGCGAGUUUUCCUACUGUCUGGCAUUGAUAAGGAUCCAAGAAAGACUCUGUGCUCAAUGAUCAAGCUGUUGAAUGGGACUGUUUUGGUUUCUCAGGAUUUCCGUUGUGACUGUACUCAUGUCAUCGUUGGAAAGUUAUCAAGGGAAGAGAAGUUCCUUGGAGCGCUAGCCAGUGGCAAGUGGGUCGUUCAUGCAGACUACGUGUAUGACUCACAUAGGGCAGGAGAGUUCUUGGAUGAAGAGCAAUAUGAAUGGUGUUGUGACAGGAUUCUGGGCAAAUAUGAGGUGAACAAGGAGAUUGCGUUCGCUAGCAGGAGGUGGAGGAUUAUGUUGGGUGCGGCCUUCUCGGGUUGGAAGGUUGCUGUUGUGGCAGGGCGUGAACGGGCAACCAUCAUGAAAAGACUUCUUAUUGCUGGAGGUGCAGAACUGUUCAACAUUCCAAUGCCUCUGAAGAAUCCAGAAAAGAUUGCUGACAUGGUUACGUACGUGUUCGUAAGCGAGGGGCACAAAGAUGCUGUGGCCCCAUUGGUUGACUAUGGCGUCCUGUGCCUGAAGCCAGAGUAUAUUAGCGAUUUUCUAAUAAAGGACCCUGACCCGGAUAUUAUGGAGUAUGUGGUGAUAGUAGACAACACCAACACGGCUGUCCAGGACCAUACAUGUACCCCUAACCAAUCUGAAGAUGAUUUUAUGAUGGCAACACAGGCAGAUAUGGACAGAGAUGUUGGGAAUAGUAUGUUUCAUGAUGAAAAUUUAGAGGGGUCACAUCUCCUCAAGGCACUGGCAACUGAAGAAGAACCGAAUUAUUCAAAUUGCCAAAUAUCAGACUCGUUUCAAAAAGCACACACUCCAACUAUUGAUGGAAAUGAAGAUUCUCUGAAUAUCACUGGCAACAAAUCUAGAAAUCUACUAAAAAGAAAAAGAUCACCACUCCGUCAGAGUUUAGAAACAAUUGCAGUAAAGUCCUGUUUUCCAGAUUUUGAAGAAACUGCUGUGGUGGGAAAGAAAGGAAAAAGCUUGAUUAAAAAUAACAAUUCAGUGCAAAAGAAAAAUAUAUUUUCUUAUAUUUCAAGGCAGAAUUUAAUGGACGAAAUGGCCGAUAUGGAUGUAUCAGGCUCUGGUGGAAGUGAUGAUCAUGUAGGUUUAAUUGAAAAUAGUGGGGAUAGCCAUUCUUUUGAUGACAAUGUCAAUUUACAGAUUAAACCAACAGAAAGUGUUCAACAAACGGUGAAUGAUAUACACAGUGUCAUUGAAUUAGAAACUUCUGUUGACCACUUCAAAGCUUUUAAAAAUGUUGAAAGUACGGGUAGCUAUUGUGAUUUUAAUGCAUCUGAACUGGUUAGCGUUUCUGAAAACACAAGGACAAAGUGUAGUUUGUACCAUAAAAAUGUUGUAGAGGAAUCUCAAACACCAAAAAAUCAUAUGCCAAAUCAGUUUGAAGACUAUAGCGGAGGUAAAGCUGGUUACAUAUUUGAAAUCUCAAGACAAAAUACAGAAUGUUCUGAAAAUGAAUCCCCUAAUCACGUUGUAACAGAGAAUUUUAAACUUGAGUCAGUCAAGAAACAAGACAUUGAACAAGGAAAACAGGACAAUAAAGAAGGGGUACACAACUGUGGAGAAGACAAACAUAAAAUUGACAUGAACCUUUUAGGAAGCUCUAUGGAUAUUAGUACAGCUACAGACACAACAGAAGAGACUAUAAAUAGGGAAAAAGAGUCACCUUCAAGUUCACAGACACCAAAACAAUCACCAUUACAAAUCAAUAAAUCAGCAAUCAAUAAACUGAAGGAAUUGAUUGAGAAAAGUCCAAAGACACAUUCUGUAGCUAUAGAAUCUAAAACAGGUCAUAGUAGAGUCCAAAAUUGUCAUGUAAAUGUCUCAGAGGAAUCUGAUGACUGUAUAAUCAACCAAUCAGCAAUCAUAAAACUAAAGGAAUUGAUUGAAAAAAGUCCAAAGAAACAUUGUGUACAUAGUGCAUCUGAAACAGGUCAGGGAAGUUACACAAAUUGUAAUGUACAUCUCUCUAAAAAAUCCAUUAACUUCACAGUUGAGGAAGACACUGAUACAAAUAUAAAAAUCAAUGAUAAAAAGGUUAGUGCUGGAAAGAUAAACGAAAUGCCUGAAGGCAAAAAUGCUUGCAUUAUGUGGGAAAAUUAUUAUUUAGCGGUUAAUAGUGACAAGACAGAAGUAGACAGUGUUGAUAAAAAGAAGACAGAAGAAAACAGUGUUGGUAGAAAAAAAAAGAGAAGAACACAGUGUUAGUAAAAA